ACUUGGAAGGCGGAAGUUUGUGCGCCGGAGGCAGCGAAGCGGAGCUGAGGUGUUGCUGGCGUUGCCUGCGGCUCUUCCGGGUCUCUGCUCCACUCCCGCGAGUUGGAGGCGGGAACCUGGAACCAUGGCUGUCAGGCAGCUGCGUAGCCUGGCAGGGUCUGAAGGCUGAUCUCCGCGACGCCUGUCCACGGACCCCAUGCUGCAGGUGUAGGGUUAGCUAGGGUCGCGUUAGCUGUCCCGGUCCCCAGACCCUCAAAAUGACCGCAGCUUCCACCUCCAAAUGGGGGCUGAUCACGAACGUCGUAAACAGCAUUGUGGGGGUCAGCGUCCUCACCAUGCCUUUCUGCUUCAAACAGUGUGGCAUCGUCCUGGGGGCCCUGCUCUUGGUCUUCUGCUCCUGGAUGACACACCAGUCGUGCAUGUUCUUGGUGAAGUCGGCCAGCCUGAGCAAGAGGAGAACCUAUGCUGGCCUGGCGUUCCAUGCCUAUGGCAAGGCCGGGAAGAUGCUGGUGGAGACCAGCAUGAUUGGACUGAUGCUGGGGACCUGCAUUACCUUCUACGUCGUGAUUGGUGACUUGGGCUCCAACUUCUUUGCUCCACUGAUUGGAUUACGGGUGACCAACAGCUUCCGCGUGUUCCUGCUCUUCGCAGUGUCCCUGUGCAUCGUACUCCCGCUCAGCCUGCAGAGGAACGUGAUGGCCUCUAUCCAGUCCUUCAGCGCCAUGGCGCUCCUCUUCUACACCAUCUUCAUGUUUGUGAUUGUGCUGUCCUCCCUCAAGCAUGGCCUCUUCAGUGGGCAGUGGCUGCAGCGGGUCAGCUACAUCCGCUGGGAGGGCAUUUUCCGCUGCGUCCCCAUCUUCGGCAUGUCCUUUGCCUGUCAGUCCCAGGUCCUGCCUACCUAUGACAGCCUGGACGAACCGUCGGUGAAGACUAUGAGCUCCAUAUUUGCCUCCUCCCUCAACGUGGUCACCGCCUUCUAUGUCAUGGUGGGGUUUUUUGGUUACGUCAGCUUCACCGAUGCCACUGCAGGCAACGUGCUGAUCCACUUCCCCUCCAACCUGGUGACGGAGAUGAUCCGAGUGGGCUUCAUGAUGUCCGUGGCCGUGGGCUUCCCCAUGAUGAUCCUGCCAUGCAGACAGGCCUUGAACACACUUCUGUUUGAGCAGCAGCAAAAAGAUGGAACCUUUGCUGCAGGGGGCUACAUGCCCCCACUCCGGUUUAAAGUCCUCACCCUCUCGGUGGUGUUUGGAACCAUGGUUGGUGGGAUCCUGAUUCCCAAUGUGGAAACCAUCCUCGGCUUCACAGGGGCGACCAUGGGGAGUCUCAUCUGCUUCAUCUGCCCAGCUCUGAUCUAUAAGAAAGCCCACAAGAAUGCCCCCUCAGCCCAGCUGCCCUGUUCCCUGUGCGCUCUGCGCUCUGCUGGCUCGUACCUCAGAAGACUGGCGUGCACAGGGCCGCACACUUCUUCAGGCUCGGCUGCUGGAGCCCCUGCUCCCUGUUCUCAGUGCCAGCCUGAGGACCCGAGUCUGGCUCCCUGGUUCCCAGCACAGACAUGGUAGCUCACAGAAGGAUCUCUGUCAUCUGGUACAUUCUUGGGGAGUAGGGUUAGUUGGGACAUUGUUGUUUCACCUGCGUGUGUGUCAGCGUGAGGAUGCCAGAUCCCCUGGUCCUGCAGUUACAUUCAUGAGCUGCCGUUGGGGUGCUGGGAAUUGGAUUCAGGUCCUCUGGAAGAGCAGCCUUCUCUCCGGCCCUAGCAGGGACUUAGUUUGCUGGUUGGCCUCUUCCUUCUCUGUUGUUUUUUAUCACUGUGGCGUCAUAGACCUUGCUGCAUUUUGUUUUUAAUAUUCUGGGUUUUGAGACAGGAUCUUAUAUACCCCAGGCUGGCCUCAAACUUUCUAUGUGACUAAAGAUAACCAUGAGCUUCAGAUCUCCUGCCUCGGUCUCCCAGGUGUGCACCAUCGUGCCUGGUUCACACAGUGCUAGAGACUGAGCCUAGGGCGUCAUGCAUGCUGGACUUGAUUCCUACCAGUUGAGCCAUGUCCUUAGCCAGCUUCCUGCAUUUCCAGCUGUCAUUUGUUGUCUGGCCCUGCCUUCUCCUCCUUGUUUUGAGAUAGAGUUUUCCUGUGUAGACCAGGUUGGCCUCAAACUCAGAAAUCUGCCGGCCUCUGCCUCCUGAGUGCUGGGGUUAAAGGUGGUCGCCCCCGUGCCUGGCUCUUUAACACUAAGGUCUCCUUUUUCCUCGUUGUUCUUGUCAAUAAUGGUUUGGAUGCUGUUGGAUUUAUUUUAUGAGUGAAUAUUUGAAUCCAUGAAUCUAAGAGAUCUAAGUCUCCUUUUGUUUUCAUUCUCGUUGGAAUUCCUGAAUCUAUGGAUGAGCUCAGGAAUGUGUGCGUGUGUGGCAGCUCUUCUGCCAUGCACACUGCGAGCUUCCUGUGCAGCAGGUGGCCCUGGCUUGAUGACUCAGCUGUCAGCUCAGGUCUUCUGGACUUGGCUUCUGUGUGGGAUCUGUUUUGUUGGCGUGCUGACUGGCUGUUUGUGUGCAGGGAAGUUGUGGAUUUCCUGCAGUCAUUUUUUCCUGCUCACUUCAUUGAGCCCCCCCUAUAUCUCUUGGUUCACUUCCUUCUUUCCCGUCCCUACAUUUCUAUUUCUUUUGUCCAUUCUGUCAGUGUGUGCCUGUUGUUAUGGUGCCUGUGGCAGGAGUGGGCACUGUGGUGUUGUCCUUACCCAGCUGGGCCUGCCUCAGUUGCCUGGCCUUUUGAGCUCAUGUGCAGGAGUGAGCAAGCAUGGCCACAGCUUGAGGUGCCACAGUUGUAAGCACACUACACCAUGCCAAGGCUGAUCUGUGCUGUUUAACUAUGUUUCCUAGGAUUGUGAACGUUUGAACUACCUUCUGACUGAGGUAGGAAGCUACUGUAGUUCUGCCAUGAACACGCACAACCUCUGUACUCUUCUCAAACAGGCCGGCUAGGGCAAGUAGCUUCCAUACUGUGAGGAACACGCUCUGGGAAUGUGGCUGGGUCUGAGACCCUUCUGGGGGCCAGCUGUCCUGGGAACUCCAGCUGCUCCUGCAGAAAGAACAAACUGGACCAGCGGCUCCGCAGCUCAGCUGAGCUUUUGACUGGUCAAGGUUUGCUCUCUGCUUAGGGAGCUCACAUCGAGGCAGAAAGGGAGUCCAUGUCUGCUGGGCAGCUACUGGUGUGAAGAUGACUGAAGUAAGAGUAGUCAGAAAGCAGGGCGUCCUGUCUACCAAUCCUGAAUGAGGCUGGGUGGCCUUGUCCUCUUCUGCCCUGAAGCCAGCAGAGGGUGCUGGAGUCCCAAGGAAGCUUACAGGAGGAGUGGAUUCCUCUAGCAGGGAAGGCCCCGCAGGGGAGCACCGUGUGGAUGCCUGCGGCCCCUUGCGCGAGUGUGAGUGGUGCACACUGCACAUAAAGCCGUGAGCUAGCCUUCUGUCCCACAGCCAGAGUGAGGCCGCCUGAGCCCGGGGGCCUAGACACCCACACUGUUGACUGGAGCCUGGCCUCUGAACUUCUUUAUCCAGAGUGGAAAAGUGUGUCCCCUGCCUGUUCACUUCUGGGGCUCUACUGUGUUAGGAGUCAGGGCCCCUUGUGGAGCCACAGCUUCGGGUAACUGGGGGGAGGGGCUAUAGGAUGUUUGUGGACCAUGGCCUUGGUCAGACCUCUUAUUUCCCAAGCCUGAGUUGAACUGUAGGGGGUAGAUUUGUGUCUCUUCUGCUGGCUGGCUCUGGACUACAUUAGGAUGGAUCGAUGCCAAAACUGCAGUCAGCAGGGCGCUCUGAAAUCAGAUGUCUGGCACACCGGAUCCUGCUUAUCGACCGAGAUCCCGCUUCCAAAGCGGCUCUUCCGCUGCAGGAAGCAGUGGCAGAGCGGGAGCUAGCCUGGCUCUGAGGCCAUGCCAGUCUCUCCCUGAGCCUGCGGCUGCCCGGGAUGGAGUCCCCUCCCUGACUUUCCAGCCUUCCUUGCAGCUGUUAGCAGACAGGGCUGGACUCCAAAGGAGCUGUCACCACGUCAUCGCACAUGGUCGGCAGUGAAGGGUACCGACCCUCAACCUAGGACGGCUUUGGGAGAAUCUGGACCCCUGGCCUCCCACACUGCCCCAGGAAGUUAGUUCCUGCUUGGCCGCAUUCACUAACAGACACCUUGUAUCUGUGUCAGCGGCACUGAGUGCUGUCUUGGGUACGUUCUGCUCUGACUGUGGCUCUGGAAGAAGUGUCACUGAGAGCUCCCGUAGGUGUUUGCUGAUAGGUGCCGUCACCCCGGGUGAGAAGACAGCCCGAUGUUUUUAGCCUUGUUGUUCCCUCAGCUCUCUCAAGCUGAGUAGCUCUAGAGCUCUCGCCUGGGGUCUCACUGACAGUGGCGAGGCAGGCCUGGCCAGCAGUUGCCCUCAGAGCCAGCAGCUGGCAGCUUUGUGUAUCAGGAGGAGGACCAGCUCAGCAAGGGGAGGCGUGUGGUGUCCAGCACGCAGAGCCUGUUUCCCUGGACCCUAGAAACAGUCAGAUGUGCAUCCCGCUGGCCUGUGAUCUGGGCUACAGGAGACAGCGUCUGCUUUCAGAAUGGAGCUGGGGUACAUUGAGGUAGGAGGUCCCUCAAGCACCAGGUGGGGAGCUGAGUGUUUUCUGGGUCCCCUAGAUUGUGGCUAGAAUAUACUGCACAGUGCCCUUGCCUGUACGGCCCCGGGGUAAGUUAACCAGAACUUGCUUCUCACGGCCUCUCUCACUGUGGCUGUCUGGUCUGAGCUGGCUCGCCAACCUGUGCCCAGGAAGUAGAGGGCAAGUGGGGACUGGGGCCUCUGCUCCACUCCGUCAUGAGAACUUUGUAAUGUGAACUCAUUUUCCAAGGCAGAUCCUAAUGGGGAUCUUCCCUUUCGUUUUGUUUUCAAGACGAGACAGGGUUUCCCCAUGUAGUCCUGACUGUUCUGGAACUCGCUCUGUAGACCAGGCUGGCCUCGAACUUAUAGAGAUCUCCCUGCCUCUGCCUCCCGAGUGCUGGGAUUAAAGGCCGGCCCACCACACUGGGCCUUUGAUGUAGUUUUUCAGGAAGCUGUCUCUCAGCAUCAGCAGAGUUAACAUUUCUGAUUUUCUGGGUGAUUUUAUUUUUCUUCCUUUUGGUUAAGCUCAAAAAGCUGAAGGUUGAAAUAAAUCAUUCAAAGUCACGGAUGAAAUGUUUUCUUUCCUUGUCAGUCUCCAUGGAACUGGUAAAUGAUAA